AUGGUCAAUGAGAUAGAUGAUGAUUUUAACGAUGUAGCCAUCAGUACUUUCAAACUCGGCCUACCUUCCAAGCAUGGUUUAUGGAAUUCUUUGACUGGAAAACCUCUUACCAGUAUACGCCAACUCAUGGAUCGGAUUGAUAAAUAUAAGAGGGUUGAAGAAGACCGGCAGCAAGAUAAGGGGAAAGGCAAGGUUAUCCCUCAGGAGAGGAGGGAUUUUAGGUUGGAUCGUUAUAGCAAUAACAAAACCCGAAGGGAUUUUGCUGGGCAGUCUGAGCCUGCAGCUCCUCAAGUGGUGAGCACUAUAUUCAGAGAAUCAGUGCAUCAAAUUUUGGAGAAGAUCAAGAACGAGCCAUACUUCAGAUGGUCGAACAAGAUGGGUGGAGACUCUUUGAGACGCAACCGAAGCCUUCAUUGCCUAUAUCACCAAGAGUGGGGACAUACCAUCGAAGACUGUCGAACGCUGUGGAACCAUCUGGAGCAAUUGGUAAAAGAGGGGAGGUUACAACAAUUUCUGUAUCAACCCAACGGACAAAGAGACCAAUCAAGGACAGGGGCUCGGGGGAAUGCUCCUCCAAGGCCCACAUUAGGUACAAUCAAUGUCAUUUUUGCUGCACCUGGGAAAAUUGGUUCUCACCCUACCAGGGUGAUGUCUAUAGCUAGAUCACCAACUGAGGACCCUAACUCUGAGCCAAAGAAGGCUAGAUUGGAAAUUAGACCUUCAUUGAGUUUCUCGGACAAAGACAAGAUUGGAACCAUCCAACCACAUGAUGACGCUUUGGUGGUUACCCUCAAAAUAGGGGGGUAUGAUGUGAAGAGAGUAAUGGUGGCCCAGGGCAGCUGA